AUGAUAGCAGCAGCAGCAGCAGCAAGAAUAACACCUGUAGCAUCAGUUGUAGCAAAUGCAGCAGCAAGAAUAGAAACAGCAACAGCAACAACAGCAGCAGCAGCAGCACGAAUAGCAGCAGCAGCAGCAGCAGCAAGAGUAGCAGCAGCAGCAGCAACAACAAGAAUAGCAGCAGCAGCAGCAGCAGCAGCACCCCUGCCGAGCAUAGCCAGCGACAGCCUCUUCUCCCCUUACAACUUCCUUACUAUCUUCUUUCUUCAGACGUUUUACGUGUUGAUAUUUCUGAGCGCCUCAACAAACUUUCUUCCGGCCUUUCUUAAGGGCCUCUUUGCUGCUGCUGUCUCUCCCCUCCCAGCCCUGCUAGCAGCAGAUGAAAGCAUGCUGCGCCGCCGCCGCGUGUGUUUGCUGCUGCUGUGUCUCCGUUUGUUUGAAUUUGCUUUUAUUUUGUCUCUGGGGGCCGUCGCCUUCACCCCCAAAGAAAGCCCCAGCCUCAGCACAGCCACCAACGUGGGCCUCGUGCUGCUGCUGCUGAAUAUGGUGGUGCUGCUGCUGCUGCUGCACUUCCAGCGGGACUACGUUGCACUUGUUGCUGCCUGGCAGCAGCAGCAGCAGCAGCAGCAGCAGCACCGCAGCCGCCGCGCCCACAUCGGCAUGAGGCUGCUGCAGCUGCAGCGUUCAAGGAGCGGAAGCAGCAGCAGCAGCAGCAGCAGCAGCAGCAGCAACAGCAGCAACAACCAGGACGCAGCAGCAGCAGCAACAGAUCGCAAUGCUCUUACUGUUGCUGCUGCUGCUGCUGCUCCUCUGUAG